CGUAUUUUUCCAACAUUCAAAAGGUGAAUAAAGAAAAUGGUAAAAGUAGCUGCUUUUGCGUGUGGUGUUGCGAGUAGCGGAAAAAGUACUUUUUGCGGGUCUUUAAUCUCAUAUAUGAAAGGCAUUGGCAGGUCGUGUCAUUUGGUGAAUUUGGAUCCAGCUGCAGAGAACUUUGAAUGGGAACCUACAGUCGACAUUAGAGACUUAAUCAGUUUGGAAGAUGUGAUGGAUGAAUUGGACUACGGACCAAACGGUGGCCUUAUUUACUGCUUUGAAUUCUUAAUGGAAAAUUUGGAUUGGUUGAACGAAGAGCUUGGUGACUAUGAUGAGGAUUAUUUAAUUUUUGAUAUGCCUGGACAAAUUGAAUUGUACACUCAUGUGCCUAUUCUGCCGGCAUUGAUACGACACUUACAAAUGACAUUAAAUUAUCGACCAUGUGCGCUGUAUUUACUAGAAAGUCAAUUCUUAGUCGACCGGGCCAAAUUUUUUGCCGGUGUCCUUAGUGCUAUGAGUGCUAUGGUUAUGCUGGAAAUUCCUCAUCUCAACUUGCUCAGUAAAAUGGAUUUACUGAAGGACAAUAACAGUAUUAGCCGUGCUGACCUGAAAAGAUUUAUGAACACGGAUCCUCUUUUGCUGGUUGGUGAAAUAAAUGAAAAAAUGAAUCCCAAAUUCCACGAGUUAAAUCAAUGCAUCGUGCAGUUGAUUGAUGACUUUAACAUGGUAAAUUUCAUCCCCUUAGAAAGUCAUAAUGAGGAAAGUAUAGAGAAGGUUCUCAGUUAUAUCGACGAUGCUACACAGUGGCAUGAGGAUCAAGAGCCUCGCGAUCCCGAUCGAAUUGAACCGGACGAUAUUGAACCUGGAUCGGUAGACGUAGAUGCUGAAUAGGAAAGCUGAUAAAAAUGGGUUCAAUUGGGUUUAGG